AUGGCAGAAAAGGAGCCGGACGCUGCCACUCCUUUCCAGAAAAUUGCUACGGUAUUCGACCAAUAUAUCCAGCCUGCCUACGAGGUAGGAGAGAUUCGGAAACACUUGUUUCCCGCCGAUGCGACAGAUGAUAUGGUUAAUCACCAGCCACUCGACGCAAAUUUGAAGGUCGAGUAUCUCGAAGCUGUUCGGACGAACGUCGCAGCAAGGCGCCGCUACAUGGAGGCCGUUGCUCUUGCCGUUCCGGAGGCACCUCACCCAGAUUUGCCGUCUCGACUAGCAACGGAUCAGAGGGAUUUUCUUGAUCAGCACCUUGAACUGUCACGCCUGAGGAAACAAAGCGCGCAAUUGACAGCCUUGAAUGGUGAAGUGAACGCCAUUCUAUCUUCGUCCGAUCUACCAAUGGUACCACGGGGGUCCACUACUGUCAACCCCGAAGCUGCAACUGUUUCUUCUGAAAAUGGGCAGCAGCAGGAUCUUCCGAGGUCCAUCAUGCAGUCUAUCCAGGCUCUCGAAAUGGCCUUGGUUUAUGCUAGACACGAAGCCACGCAACAGAAGGUAUUGCUAGACCAGGCCAAGUCCAGCAUGUCGGAGCCUGGGAACGCAUCAGACGAGCGACGUCUUGCCGCGUUGUCUGUGGCGAGAAAGAUAUUGACUAUUUGGCUGCAAGAAUCUCUGGAUAAAUGUCAAGAAGGUCCUGAUGUCUGGGACGAUCAAGUCGUAGACGACGCCCGCCAGACCGACGAAGACGUAGAGGCGCAGAUCGAGAUGGAAUACGAGCAAUACCUCGAGGCGCGCCGACAACUUCUCUCUGUUACCGCAAAGCUGAGAGCCCUUCUACCCGACAAAGAAAAGCCGAGAAAAAUCGAGGACAACAAGCAAGUGGAGCAAUCGUUCGUAUCUCAAGCAACCGAUCUUGUAAAUGCUAUCGAACGACGUCUACUCUCGUCCAUGCAACAACAGCGGAUGUCGUCCUCCCAUGUCGCAUUGGUGGAUGAGCAGAUACAUAAAGAGUCCACCGCGACCAUCAACAUGCUUGACCGGCUCAGUGACGAGAGCCAGCUCCUCCAAGCUUUUCCACUUCUCGCUGGCUCCGGACGUUUCGUGCAUGCCACGUCCAUUUUUGGAGACAAGCAAAAGCACGAUGCGAAUGUGGGCACCAAAGACGAAGUAUCGAAACGACUUGGACCAUGGAUGUUUGCAGCCGAGGCGGCCGAUGUGGCUUCAUCAGGCGCAAUCGAAAAGCAUUUGAAGCAGGGACGGGAGGCUAUGGAUGAAGCGAGGAGAGGUUUGGCAGCCAUACAGCUGAAGGAAGCUCGGAUAUGA